AUGCUAACUUCGUCCUUGCUGACCGCUUCUUGGCUCGAUACUUGUCCUACUGAGAUAAGACAAUACAUAUUCAAACUACUCGGACUAAGCCUAGACGCACCCGCUGCCUCCAAUACCGAUGCUCUACUGGAUGGUUUCUCACUGUUACUUGCAUAUCCUCAAUUUCUUGACUUAUAUCAGUACAUCAAAGUCUCUCUUGAAGUCUUACCAGCGUUCAACGAAGAAGAGCAGAUACGGUUCUCGGAAUAUUCUCUGACUGCAACAUUAUGCCCAGUAAGCCGAGAGUUACUACACGUACCCAAAGCGGUCUACCUUCAAUUAGAUUCACUGCACUCCAAACAACUUGAAAGAGACUCCAUUCGCUUUCAGACCUUGGAUUUGUCUCCAUACACACAUAGCAACGUUCUUCGUCUCUUCCCAAACAUAUCGUCAAUCACCCUUACUUGCAGCGAUACAUAUACGUACUGUUCAUCUCAUGAGGUACAACUAUGUCAGCUCAUUCAGCCUAUUGAACAUCAACUUCAGGAAUUACAAAUUUCCUUUCCAAUUAGUAGCGGAAGUCUGUAUGCAUCUCUCGUGAAGUGCUUUGUUAACACAAAACUUCAAAAAGUAAUCAUACAAGGAUUCAUGAGUAUGGCUAGCGUCAGCUUUUUGAAGGAGCAAAAGCAUAUACAACAUUUUGUGGCUACAGAAGUGAAUGGACAUGCCUUGGAACAAGUAGUCUGCUACUGGCCAUCAAUACAUGAUCUUGAUAUAGCGGGUAUAGCACUGUUUUCUUCUGCACCAAGCGUCUGUAGGGCCCUUUACCGAUGCUCAAAUCAACUGAGGAGACUGACGCUCAGUGGCACAUGUGAAGAAGAAGUUCGUGGAUGUUUAGGGUGGAUGGCGGAGGAUCAAGAUGAGGAUUCGCUGAUCGAAAGUAUCUCGGCAGGCUACAAAGCCGUUAUAGGCUGCUGUUCAUAUCUAACUCACCUUUCCAUAUCCAAAUUCCCAAUAUGUGGCGAGAUACUGCUUCCACUGCUCAAGCAGCGGUUACGAAAACUUGAGGAAUUGGAGUUUGUGUCCAGACCAGCAUCGCAGGAGCAUAACUCUCUUCCUGUAUAUCCUUGUACAUGA